AAAGUCUGUUUGAUCUAGAAUUGCAUUAUUUAUAUACAAUGAUAUUGCCUGAUGUCUGAAUGAUUGUGACACUUUAUUAACCCUUUAAUUUGUUUUUGGCUUUUUGUGUCGUGUGUUUUUUGUUUAUUUCACUAGUCUACUUAAUGUAGUCUAGCCUACAUUAUCUCAGAUCAAUACAUUACUAUUAUAUUUAAUAUUUUAAUUUUCUGCUACUUUUACUCCACUACAAUUGGGAGGGAACCACUUCAUUUAUCUGAAAGCUUCAGUCAUUAAUUACUUUUCAGAUUCUAAUGAAUAAUAUAAUUAAAAUAAAUUAUACAAAUAAAUACAUAAAGUGUUGUAUUGAUUUGCAUAAAGAUAAGGUUUUUUAAUAUAAAUGUAUCACUUGGUUAAAUGUACAAGCAACCCAGCUAAAUAUUUAGUGAAAAGAAUCAAGCCAAAUUGACCAGCUGACUCAUAUAAUACUUAUAUAAUGCUUACUUAUGCGUACAUUAAUAUGCAUUAUAAUUCAACUUCAACUUCUAUACAUUUUAAUACAGAGUCAUUUCAAACUGUGAUAUUUGACUUACUAAAACUACCUAACAAGAAUCUUUCACCAAUUGGGGUUGGUUGUUUUUGUGCUCGUCAGCUCAAUUUGGACAAGAGCAACCAAACCUAUAUUUUACAUCUGUGAAUUAAAAAUGAUAUAAACAUAUAAUUUACUUGAUUUACUUGGGACAGUGACCUAUUAAAGUAGUUCAGAGCUUUAACAGAAAUCUCUGUUAAAUACCUAACAGGUAAUGUUCUGUGUAUUAACAGGGCUGCUAUUAAUCAGAAAUGGUUGCCCGUGCAGUGACAAUUUUUCAUCAUGAGGAGCGACAAGCUUCCUGCCGCCUGCAGCCCUUUCCUCCGCCCUGUGACCCAGCAGAUGAUCUCUGCUGCAUCACCACCACCUUCCAGUACCUACAGACCUCAGGCUGGUACUGGGGCUCUAUCUCUGCGAAUGAAGCUCGGGAAGUUCUCCAAAAAAGGUCUGAAGGCACAUUCCUAAUGCGGGACAGCAGUCACCCUCAGUUCAUGCUGGCCCUGUCAGUGAAGACCCGCUGUGGACCCACCAGCAUUCGCAUCAAAUACUGCAGGGGCUCUUUCUGGCUGGACUCCAUUUCCCCCGGCCUGCCUCACCUGCAGUCCUUCCCAGAUGUGCUCAGCCUCAUACAGAACUACACAGCCUCCGGACACACAAAACAGCGCCAGAGGUCAAAUGACAUCCAUCCACAAACAAAGCCUGACCCCACCAAGCACACGGACAGUGACAGUGGAGUGCCUGACAGUGGAGUGCCUCUGGAGCUGGUGCGCCCCCUGCACAAACCAGAGGCCUUCUCUUCUUUACAGCACCUGACGCGCCUCGCAAUCAACAGACACACAAAGUGCCCUGACCAUCUGCCACUCCCGAAGCCUCUGCUGCACUACCUGCAGGACUAUCCUUUCCACAUAUGAGGGUCUCUGUCUCUCUGGUGCAGGACACAGAGACUGGGACGUGGGUCAGGGUCACCCUCCUUGUUGACCACACACUGUGAAUCUUGGAACAGUUUGACACCCAAAGGGACAGCGAUUGACCCAGAUGGAGGUAAUUGAAAUGAAUGACGAGUUAAGUCUUUGUACUACUGUUGUUCUCUAGGAUAAGAUUUUUUUUUUUACUAUUUUCAUAAGUCUGUGUCAGCAACUGUGAACUGAUUUUAUUUAAAUGCCAAUGUGUGAGCUUUUUCUAUUUAUUUGUGCCAUUUCCUAUCAGUAAGAAGAGAUUCACAUAAUGUUUUUGCAUGUUUUGGACGAGUGGCUCCAAUUUUUUACAUGAUUUUAGCAAUAAUAAUUAAAGAAAAACUAAAAUCUGU